AUGAAAGUGCUUUGUGCGUUCCUGAUUGUUGCGGUGGCAGCCUGCGCUGCGGCCCCUGGUUCCAUUGAUGAUAACAGAAUCGAACUGUUUUCCGGGGUGGCUAUUGAAAAAGAUUCAACAGGAGAUGAAAAAAUAAAGGUUAAUUUUGAACCUGGUGAACUGAAAGAGGCCGCAAGAACGUUUGAAGAAGCACGAGGCAAAAUUAAGAAGUAUGCACCGCUCCUCGCUGGUAUUGGCGUAAAGGUGGUAGCGGUAAUUGGUCUGCUAUUCGGUGCUCUAACUCUGAUGGUGACCAAGGCCCUGGUGGUGGCCAAGCUGGCGUUCCUCGCUGCAACCGCCUUAGGAGUGCACAAAUACCUUGGUGGAGAAGGUUUCGGUAGUAUAAGCAAGGCUUCUGGGUUUGGUUCGGCGCCCCAGCAGUGGACGUCCCCUACGGCGCAAGCGGCGACGUACCCUUACGCCAGAUCAGUAAACGCGCAAGACGCGAACGACCUAGCAUAUAAAGCACAAAUACCUUCCUAAAUCCACGAAUCCUAGUGUUUAGUAUAGGUAACUGGCACA